AUGUCCGACUACGAGCCCAGCCGCCCGACUGCCGACAAGCUUCGGUUUCUCAAGAGCCCGGUCGUGGAGCACGGCGACGGCGACGCAGAGGCCCGGAGCCUCCAACGCCUCCAAUCCGAAGCCUCCAACGACUCCCCCAAGAGCAGCGACGACUAUGGAGCCGGCGGCGGUCUUCCGGAUUUCGUGCGACAUGCCGAACCGACCCUCCUCGAGGUCUUUUUUGACCUCUUCUUCGCCGCCAAUUACAACGUCUUUUCCGACAAUCAAGAAGUCACCAGCCAUUCCAGGUUCAAGGCCUAUUUUGGCUACUUUUUCCUACUAUGGGUAACAUGGCUUCUCGUCACCCUCUUCGACGUUCGAUACGUCACCGACAGCAUCUUUGCUCGCCUAACGAGAGCCAUACAACUCGGCGUUUUGGUCGGCUUCACGAUAGUUGCUCCCAAGUUCAAUCCGACGAACCAGCAUGCGGACACGAUGCAGACAAUGUCCCUCAUCCUCAUGGUCUCCCGCGCGUGUCUGGCGGCCGAGUACGGUGCCACACUAUGGCAUAUCAGACGAUUCAAGGAGGCUCGCCUGCCCAUCUAUUUACAGAUCGCCGUUCAUCUCGUAUCGGGAAUCAUCUACUUGGGCAUCUCCUUUGGUUUUAAGCGGGGGGAGAGAAGAGACAUUUUUAUCGCUUGGUACUUGGUCUCGGGGGCCGAGGCGAUACUUACCAUCCUCCUAUCCAACUUUUAUACGGUCCUUAGCUUUACCAGGACGCAUCUCAUUAAACGGCUUACGCUUUUAACCGUCAUCAUCAUCGGCGACGGCAUCAUUCAAGUGGCGAGGGAAGUGGUAACGAUUGUUAAGAACCCAGACGCAUGGGACAGAGUAACGAUUGGACUCGUCACGUCUGCGACUGCGACCAUCUACUUCAUCUUCCUCGUCUACUUCGACUGGCUGCGGUCCUCCUUCUACCUCCCCCCCUUACGGCAGCAGCUCUGGAUGAUGAUGCAUCUCCCGUUUCACCUCUCGCUUAUCUUGUUCACUCAAGGCUUCACGCAGUUUCUGAUAUGGUCCAAGAUUGUCGACGUCAUCAACACGGUGAGCGUAGGCCUAAGCCGUGGCAACGUCGAGUGGCUUUACACCGCCACAAGCGCGCAGGUCCAAGAGCGCAUGAACCUCAGCGCGCUGCUCUUCUUCAGGGACUUUCCUCCUAAGAUCCCGAGCACGUGGAUCACGGUCAACGACGCGCUUGCCAACAUUACCCAGAUCCCCGAUGCAUUUUGGCCCGAUCUCGCCAACUACUAUAAGACGAACGACGUGAGCGCCUUAAAGGACACGGAUGUUCAGGCCACCGAGAUCUUCUCCAACGUCCUGCAGGCGACAAUGUCGUCUAUGGCCAACGCGCUGUUUGCGACGUUUGGCAUGGAUUUCGAAAGCGAAGUUACCAACAAGAACCCCCGGGUCGAUGAGGAGAUUAGGGGGGGCGGGUUCCAGGGCGAGGUUCAGGACACGACCUGGGACCGUUACAAGUUGGUGUUUGCUUACACAUACGUCGCUGCCGGCUGCACCCUGCUGUCCAUGAUCAUCCUCGCCAUCGUUGCGCGGACCACGCGGUUCAAGGCGUGGCCGAUUGUUCGCCUCACCAUCAUCUUUCUCUUGGCGCUGGGCACCAGCCUUACCGCCAUCCUCUUCUUCAACCCUACCGAAGCCUUUAACUUUUUGCUGACGCUCUGGGUUCUGCCGACUAUAACGUUUCUGUGGGCUAUUGUGCUGGUCAUCACCCACAUCAACGGAGAAAACUUUGGACGCCACGUGCCCCUUUUCAAUCGCCGACGGCGGCCGUACAGCGCGCCGUCUUGUCCCGCGUCCCCGACCGGCAAUUGGGACGACCGUGGACUGAGAGAUAUCAAGGAACAGAGGGGCAUGAGGGGCGAUAAUUAG